AUGGCUCGUAUGAAGAAGAAGGAGGUGAACGCGGUCCAAUUCGCGGUGUGUGAGGAUUGUGGAGAUAUUGGCCAUAGGACCGAUCAAUGUCCAACGAGGCCGGAUGAGUACACCGAGGAAGUCAACCAAGUGUUCGGGGAUAGAAAGAAUAAUGACAUGAACUCGAACACUUACCAUCCCGGAUUGAGAAACCAUCCUAACUUCCGAUAUGGGAAUGUCGCGAAUCAAAUGAACCCGAACUUCCAACCGGGUAAUCAAAGCGGGUCAUCAUAUCAAAAUCGCCAAGGUGGUAACCAAGGAGGUUACCAACGUAAUUACAAUCAAGGGUACCAAAGUCGGGACAACAACUACCAAGGAGGGUACCAAAGGAAUUACAACAAUCAAGGCGGUAAUGGAAGCGGGUCGAACAAUCAAACCGGUGGAGAUGACUUGAGUGCCAAAAUGGAUUCGUUGUUGAAUAUGCAAAAAGAAUCUCACAAUGAUAUUAAGGAGAUAAAGAAGACGAAUGAGAUUCGAGACAAAGCACAUGAGGCAUUGGCAAAGCAAGUCACAGGUGGAGGUGGAAAGGAGCAUAGACGAGGAAGUGAAAAGUUUGGAGGUGCUUGCGGUUAG